AUGCCAACCGUCUUACUACCAUCUUCGGCCGCUGCCUUUGCGCCGCGGUCCUCGCCGAACGUGGUGCUGAACUCUCGGAUCGAACCAUGGCUCACCGCGACCCUGAAACGAGUCAACCGGGUGAAGCGACCUUUGAAUAACGUGGCCCAGCAUACGCGGUGUCUAACCGAAACUCUUUCGUCGCCGAACGCCAUCUGGAAUCUCUGCUCGCUGAUGUUGCCCAAGGUUCCGGAGUCGGAGCUGCGGAAGGACGACAACCCUCUAGUAGAGGCCAUAUUCAACUACCAGAUGAUUCACAUCGAAGCAUACGUGGUGCAUGUUGAUAUGGUAUCUCAGAACGAGGUCGCGUUCAAACUCACGCCCGAGACGAUAGAGGCCCUCGUCGAACACCACAAAGAUGUCUACUCGAUCGACGCCGCCGCCAGUACUUGGGACUGGGCUGAGAAGGAUGGUCAGGUGAAGAAGCUACAGGAGGAGUUCGUCCAGGCAGCCAACAAAUUUGUUUACCGCACCAGCGCUCAGGCUCUUGAGGGGCUAGAGGAAGAUGGUGCGGGUGAGCUGCUUGGUGGUAGGAGUGAGGAUGCGAAGGGUGCAAUCUCUGCUCUAUUCGUUCCCCUACUCCCGCCGCCUCCUCGUGUGGUUGAUGUCCUUCGCUCGACACCGUUGCUUCCCAGCUCGACCGGACCCGAGACGUGGUGGCAUGACCCGAUGCAACAGCCGGUAACGAUGGACUCAUGGAAGGUGCUGCCAUCCAGCCCAGCGCCCGUCACAACUGGAGAUGUAAACUCGAGUAUGUGGGCCGGGCUGGGUGCAAUGCCUGAAAUGCAGAUGGCCUCCGCGGCCCCUUCGACAGCGGCCUACACGCAAGCCUACACCACCACGCCUUACACCACCCUGCAGUAUUACAGCGCCGCGGCCACGUCGGCCGCCCUUGCAGCGCUCCCGCUUCCGAGUAUGCUCGUCCAGCCCUGUAGCACAGCGGCAAACAUGACGGGCUUUGGAUGGGGCGACCGCUACCAGGACUUUGCUGCCCUGCCGUACGGCACUACGAUGUAA